CUUUUGAUUGGUAAAAGCGCAAGAACCUGGUCAGCUAACCAAUGGCUGCACAGCUUGUUUCCUUGCAGGAAAAUGGCGGCCCCCAUAACACGUAGCAGAUAGGUUUCUGCUAGGAAAAGCCUCAGCCUUGCAGUUUCGUUUUUACGAUGGUGGGGAGUUUGUGAUGCAAGUGAAACAUGUCAAACGACGCGGACAGAAAGCAGUUCUGGAGGAGGAAUGUUUCCAGAGUGCCGGGGAGUAUUCAACAUGUAUAUGGUGCUCAGCAUCCUCCUUUUGAUCCACAGCUUCAUGGCACCUUGACCAAAACAAUUCUAAAGCCUACCACAACGCCUGUAAAGUUGAAAAAGAUCACCACCUUCCAAGAAUUUGAAAGUAAUACAAGUGAUGCCUGGGAUGUUGGUGAAGAUGAUGAUGAGUUAUUGGCAAUGGCUGCUGAAAAUUUAAAUUCUAUUGUAGUGAUGGAAACUGCAAAACAAGUCAUCCAGAAUCACACAAAGUUACAGGAACAAAGCAAAAAUCAAGCGUCACAACAGGAAGAGGAUCCUUUUGUUGCUGAUGAGCCACAGUCUCUUAGCAGCCAUGAAAGUAAAAUUGGUAAAUCGGCCAGCGAAAGUUCAAUUCCAAAGACAUCUGGGGAGAAACACACUCUACAGAGACAGCAGUCUGUUCCUCAGCAAACAUCUAUACCAGUCAUGGGUAAGGUGACAGACCAAGCCAUCUCAUGUGGACCUGAGCUUAGUGAAAGAGAAGCAUUUCGGGUAGAAAAAUUUAAACAGCUGCUUGCAGGCCCAAAUACUGAUCUUGAUGAAUUGCGGAAGCUGAGUUGGUCUGGUGUUCCGAAACCUGUCCGAUCCAUAACGUGGAAGCUUCUCACAGGUUAUCUUCCAGCAAAUGUGGAAAGAAGAGAAAGCACAUUAAAAAGGAAGCAAAAAGAAUAUUUUGCCUUUAUCGAACAGUACUACAGUUCCAGGAAUGAUGACACCAAUCAGAGUACAUACAGACAGAUCCAUAUAGAUGUUCCCCGAAUGAGCCCAGAGAGCUUAAUACUUCAGCCAGUAGUUACAGAGGUUUUCGAAAGAAUUUUAUUUAUAUGGGCCAUUCGACAUCCAGCCAGUGGAUAUGUUCAGGGUAUUAAUGACCUUGUCACGCCUUUCUUUGUGGUCUUUCUUGGGGACUAUAUGGAUGAAGAAGUAGAAGUGGAAAAUGCUGAUGUUUCCAGUCUGCCUGAGGAGGUGCUGCGGAACAUUGAAGCUGACAGUUACUGGUGCAUGAGCAAGUUGCUUGAUGGCAUUCAGGACAACUAUACGUUUGCACAGCCAGGAAUACAGAGGAAAGUAAAAAUGUUGGAAGAACUGGUCAGCCGCAUUGAUGAUCAAGUACACAAACACUUACAGCAAUAUGAGGUUGAAUAUCUUCAAUUUGCUUUCCGCUGGAUGAACAAUCUUCUAAUGAGAGAACUACCCCUCCGGUGCACCAUCAGGCUAUGGGACACAUAUCAGUCUGAACCCGAAGGCUUUUCCCACUUCCAUUUAUAUGUUUGUGCUGCCUUCCUUGUAAGAUGGAGGAAAGAAAUUUUGGAAGAAAAGGAUUUUCAUGUCUGCUGAAAAUGGUAUGACCUGAACAAGCAAAAAUAAAUAAAGUAACUCAAUUUUUCAGUGAAAUUCAUGGGAUGCUUAUACGCAUGUUGAAAGCUUGAAAUUUACCCAUUUAAACAUUCUCUUAAGAAAUGAAUGAGAUUAAUGCAAAGCAAACAAGUUUUAACUGCUAAUGGGAUAUUAACUCAAUGAGACAGCAAAUGCAUGUUUAAUCUAGGCUAUUUAGGUACUGGUCACAAAAGUCAGUCUCUUUGACCUUCAAUCAUGAGGACUCUCGUUCUGCUUAUUUUUAGCCAGCUGCAAAAAGCACUCAGCUGCAACCAGCACGUAUCAUAUUUGCAGUUCCUUAACAAUGCAGUAUAAUCUGUUAUUUGUGCUGCCGAUAAAAAAGUACCCAUGGACUUUUAAAAAGAUAUUCUUAUUAGAUAACUUAUAUAUUUCAACUUGAGUGCGGAACUUUCCAACAUUAUCAAUUAAAACCACUCUUGAUUAUUGUUGCUCAUAUUAUUGCUGGAAGAUUCAUGCCUGGAGAAUUUGCUUGGCACAUAACCUGAAUAUGCACUUAAGCAUACAGGGACAGCAUUUUUAAGAGCAUUCAGCAUGUUGGCACUAGUAUGAAAAUCUAUUAGUUGUGUAAAAAGUACCAUCAAUGUUAUAUAAUAGGGAGUAAGGAAACAAUUGCUAUAUGAUGUCCAGUUCUGUAUGUAGGAAGAUAAAUCUAUAAGAAAGCUGCAUGAGAGAUUUAAUUGUAACCUUAAGUGGGUCAUGUAGUGAUCAAAAAUAAGCCCCAGUCUAUGAUAAACAGCAAAGACUAGCAGGGUCAUACGCUUUUAUUUUCAUGAUAGAAAGUACACUUCUACAAGGAAUCUUUUGUCUCAAAAAAAUAUGAAAUUAAUUACGCCACCGAUAUACCUCGCUAUGUUAUCAGAAGAUUAACAGAAGAUUGCUCUGUCAAAGUGUCACCUUCCAUUUUUCAGUUUGUUGAGAGCUGUCAGAACGAGUUGUUGACCAAUUUCAGAAGCUGGCAGUUGUGUCCUAUUGAGCUAUCAAUGUCUCUCUAUUUUUAGCAAAGGAUUCCUCUACAACUUGACAAGAUAUUCAAACUAAUAACAUGCUGUCAAAGAAAUAAACUAUGAAGAGCUA